AUGUCUGACGAGAACACCAAGUCCGUCGUCGACGAGACGCCCAUCACCCACCCCGCCGGCGAGCGCAAGAACUCGCUUGAGGCCCACCUCCAACACCGUCCCGAUCGCGCCGAGUUGGUCGAGAAGAAUAUCUUGCCCGCCUCCAACGCUGCGCCUAGCUUGAUCGCCCACCAGAAGGAGCUUGAGAAGCACAUGCGUGCAGACUCUCUCAACGACAAAAUCUCCCACCGCCCUGCCCCCGAAGACCUCAUCAAGGAGGGCGUGCUGAAGGAGGACCCCCGCAGCGCCGACGACAAGUAUGCCGAGGCCAUCGAGGACGAGUACGCCAAGCGUGAGGGUGGCGCGUGA